UGUUUCAGAGACCCAUUAUUGUCGAGAGAGGUUGUAGCUUCCACAUCAUUUCCAGAUUGUAUGCUUGGCUCCGCCACUCCAUGCACUCUGAGCCUUCGACUUGUACGUACAUUUUACCCUGCGUCUUGAGAUUUCAUUCUCCAAGGGUCAAGACGCGUCUGUGUGAGACCGCGUCGCAGCACUAUCGUCGAAGCGCGUCCUUAGAAGAACCAACUCCCGUCAUUGAAGCGCUUUCGAGUACCACAAUCGUAUGAUUUCCUACCUUCGAGUAAAAUCUGUUUCUUUACACCCAACUCGCAAAAACGGGGGCAGACAAUCAAUCAAGCAACCAAACUGUUGGCAUAACGUCGUCCAUCGACCGUCGACAACGAUGUCUAGCCCUAGCUCCCCGUCGCCGGACAAUAUGUCUAGCGAAGAGUUUCAACAACUUGCCGCUAGUUAUGAACCUCUCAUCGAGUCCAUCUCGGUCUCCAAAGGCGUCAAGGCUGGCCAGAAGACCCUGCAGGAACUUGAUCAAUUCCGUUUCGUCGAGGCACCGGCACUCUUUUCGCAAGAUGCCCCGAGGCGGACCAUGGAUCAUGACGAUGUCAAAUUACUCGUUGACUGGAAGCUGUGAGUACAUGCUUCCCCUGACACGCCAUCGUCCUCGUCGAUAUCGCAUGCGGAGCUUCGAUUCUAGGCGCCGUUACAACGUUUG